CGUGGCGCCAUGUUGUAAACAUCCAAAAUGGCGCCUGAGGGAUGAACCGUGGUGUGGAGGUAGUGAGGUCCCUGUCGAGAAAUCUUUGCCUUAUUUCCUUGAGGAGUGUUAGAAAUAUCAUGGAAGUAUUUGACGCAUUAAGAAAAAGAAAAGGACGCGUUAGUGGAGAGAAUAAAGCCAGGGAAGAGAAACGGAACGUCGAAAAGGAAAAGAAGCCUUCGAAAGUUGAUGUUUACAACGUGGAAGCUGGGACGUACUGGCUGACACGAAUUGUGUUUUUGAGAUCUCUCAGUUUUAUUUAUUGUAAGUUUUACAAAUUUUUAGUAACAAUUUUCUAUCUCUUUACGAUGCAGUUUAGCCCAGCACUUUUUAGAAAUUUUGAUAAGGGCCGAAUGUGCUAUUUGUGACCUCAUUCUGUGUAUGAAUCUCUCUCAAUCUCUCGCAUUCCCUGCGUCUCAGCAGGGUGUAGUUGUUGGAGGAAAUUUCAACACAGUACCAUACUUAUAUCAUGCAUACAUUGUUGAACCCAAACUCUAUUCAUAUCCACUGUUUAUUCACUUGGAAUGGAACAAGAGAGAACCUACUAACAGCUGUAAGGGUCUGCUUGUGCCAGCCCGGUCGUUCGGCCUGGCUCGGCUUAUGCCCUGUUUCCUCAGAAAAUUGUUGCUGUGUAUAAACCCUUUCAGAUUCCGUUUUAUUGAGGGUUCAAUUUACAGCCAACUUUAGGGGGUGUGGAUACAAUAUAAAACUUCCCAGGGGCUGAUCCAAUCUAUGUUUUGUUGACGCAGCUCUUUGAUAUCCUGCGUGGCAUGAAAUUGAAAGGGAAAAGUUAUAGGGUUUGUGGUGAUGCAUAGAAGACAAUUGCCCUUUAAACUUAACGCUUUAAUUAGCUAAUCUCUUACCAUCAAGCAUUCAAGAAAACAUGGCGGCAAAGUGCAAAAAGCUAGGUCCUUAAAAUUCAGUCACUGAAAAAGUCACUGACUUAGAUUGCAAGCUCAGAAGCACAGGUGACACAAAACCUAAGAGUUCAUAAUUAUGUCCAUACAUACAGCCACUGUUCUCUUUAGUUUCGAUUACUGGGUACAACAAUAAUAUACUAAAGGGUUAAGGCACUAGGGUCCACUGGGUGCUGUCGGAGCCCAGCCUUGCCAAAAAGCCACAUGAUGACUACCUAUAAACAUUAGUCUCUCUUGCUGAAUAGUUUGCAGGAAGGGACACAUACAUUAUAGUUUGUAGCUUUUAACAUAUUUUUCUGUUUUGUCUUGUUUGUUUUUUUUUUUUGCAGUUGUGGCCUUUGCCAUUGCAGCUAACCAGAACAAACAACUUUUAGGCAAAAAUGGGCUUCUUCCAUCUGACCUAUACUUGAAGAGAAUUGAAAGUCACUUUUCAGAUACCGGCUGGAGGAAAAUUCUUCAUGUUCCAACUCUUCUUCUGUACACUGAUAAAAGUAGAAUUGAUGAACAUUUGGAUCUACUAGCAUAUACUGGGAUGUUAUUUUCAGGAGUUGUUGUGGUCUUUGGAUGUGCGAACAUGUUUAUCAUGACAUUACUUUGGGUGUUAUACCAUUCUAUUGUCAACAUUGGACAGAGGUGGUAAGUGUUUAUAAUUAAAUGUAUCGUAUAAAUGCAUGACCUUCCAGGAACCAGCUGUCUACUGGCCCUAAGCUUAAUCGCCAGCUGUUAGUCAGAUAAUACAGGUCAGGUUAAUAAGUUAUCUGUACCCCCUCAUGUGAUGUGGAUAUGCUUCUAGUGCUUGCUUCUAAAACUAUUUGUAGCUGUGUCAAAAGUACCCUCCAGUGUGUAACAAAAAACAUACUAUAAGGGGAAGUAAAUUAGAAGGUAGAUCAUGUUGAAAUGAAAGGGAUUAAUGUUCAUAUAUUAUGUCGUAGGUGCAAGGCUAGCCUGAGAAAACAGCCAAUAUUUGGCGACGCAACGGCUCGUUUCCCUGCCAAAUGAUGUCUGAGAAACGAGCGCAGAAAUUCCAUACUGAUGACGCAUCACUACCCAGAUCUGGGUAGUGAUGUGUCAUCAGUAUGGCAUUUCUGCGCUCAUUUCUCAGACGUCAUUUGAUGGGGAAACCAGUAGCAUCGCCAAAUGUAGGCUGUCUUCUCAGGCUAGUGCAAGGCUGAAACAAAAUAGACUUUGUGUCCCAAACUAAAGACAAUAGGGCAAAUUCCCAUUCACUGGGACAUGGUUUAUCAUUCUUAAUUUGACUUAUUAAUUCGCUGUGCCAGAAAGGGCUCAUUUUUGUUUGUCAGUUGUGUCCUUCUUAGUUAUAUACCUUAUUGAUGUUAGCACUGCUUUGGCAGACAAUAACAAUUUUUUGUUGACUGAACAUAUCUGUCACUGAUUUUUUUUAAUACUGUUUUUCUUUCAUUGCUAUCAUGUUUGAGCAAGGUAUUCAUUUGGUAUGUAUGUAAUUGCUUUUCAACCUUUUUCGUUUUUAUUUGUGCACCAUAUAUUAGAUGUAAAGUCAUUUUGUAAAAUUAAUUGCUAAUUAAUUACUGGUAUGUGAUAAUGACAAAUGAGAUGAUCUGUUUUAAAAAACAGGAAUAUACAUGGGUUUUAAAAGUCUGUCAGUCACUAAAAAUUAUUAUGAUCAGCUCAUUCAUAAGAUAAUUUCUGUAUUAUUAUAACAGAGCUGCAAAAUUUCUUUUGAAGAUUUGAGUUUGAAAAUAAAUUAUUGUGACUCGCCAUCUAUAGUUAUUGAUUUGUAGUUGUUUUAUGCUGCAUGGUUGCAUGUAUAUUUAACUGUGUCUUGAUGAUUAUUUCAUUUCAGGUUGGGAGUCACAGCUUCUUGAAACAGGUUUCUUGGCAAUCUUUCUGUGUCCAGUAAUUAAAAUGCAGCAAGUUCCUGUCCAUACACCCACACCUCUUGUUGUCAUUUGGGGAUACAGAUGGCUUAUAUUUCGUAUCAUGAUUGGCGCUGUAAGUUCUGCUAUAUUAUGCAUAUAAAGGUGGAGGUGAUUGUGUAUUUUGACUGCAAGCUGGUAUGAGCACUCGCAUGGCAUCUUGUUUUCAUUAUCACUGACCAGCAAUUCUCUGCCCGUUAAUUGUCAUUAUUUUGUUACAGGUAUGGUUUGACUGAGUUUUUUAGGGGGUAUACUUCCCCACUUUAGGCAUUUUCUUUGUCGGCAUUAACAAAUGUAUCAGAAAACGUUUACCACAGCUGUACAUAAGAUGGAAAUUUUUUAUGAUCCAUGUUUUAUUGACAUGGGAGUUGUUCUGGCAACGUAAUGAUGCCAUUACGUUUUUUUAUUUUCAUUUGUAUUUCUCGGUACUUGGAGCUUUUUUUCAAAAAUCACUUUAAGAAGCUUGUACCUCCCUUAGUUGGGUCGAUUAUGGCAAAAUUUGAACAAAUGUUAUGAGGGUGUUUUGGAAAUAAUUAUUAUUAAUUUUGAAAUGUUAAGGGUUUAAAAAACAGUAAAUAAACAUGCAAUCAACAAUACAGUUUCGUCUCAUAGUGGUUUGAUUCCAUCUAAAACUGUGGACAAAAAAACGGGGGAUAACCAUCCCCGAUUGCGAGAAUUUGAUUGGUCUAAGUUUGCCUGCUUCCUUUACCAUUUUAGCAUGUAAUUUGGUCCUCUCCUACAAAUUUCACGCUAAUUUAAAAACUGAUCGAUAAUUUUUUUUAAAAAAACUUGACAAUCCCAAGAUUAAUCAUCAAUUUACAUCUCCUCCAAGUUUCAAGGACAUUGAAAAUAAGGAAGGCAAUUAAAUGGGGCUUCAACUGUCACAAAUUCACCACCCCCACCCCUGCCCAGUUUUUUGUAUUCAAGUGAGCCUCCUCAUGGUAUUGUUUUGAAGUUUCAUAUACACAGACACAACUUUGUCAAAAAACUAAUUUGCAUUCAAAAUUUUUGGACCCUUGAUUACCUAGUAAUCUCUCAAAGUAGGGAAGGAUACUCCCUUAAAAAUCCAUUCGAGCCACCUUAAAUUCACCCUAAAUCAGCCCUUCUCCCUCCACCCACCAAACUUAUUUUUAACUAAAGUUGAAAGUUGCCUUUACCUUUUUUGAAAUCUUGAGCCCAGCAACAACUUUUCUUUAAGUGUUGCAUGUUUUCAAGAGGAAAUGGGAUUCCAGAAAUCAUGGGAGGUCAUAAUUUGGAAAAUUUUGAGGGUGUAAACUCAAGAAGAAGGAGUUGAAAGAAAGAGGGUUUUGAUGGUAAAAUCAAGAACAAAUGUUAUUUUGUAGUGUAGCAACACAAUCAGCUUUUUUGUCAUACAUGUAUGUAAUAACUAAUCAUUCUACUUACAACCGUUGUAUUUGUUGGACAGGGGCUGAUUAAGAUCAGAGGUGAUCAGUGUUGGCGAGACCUGACAUGCAUGAAUUAUCAUUAUGAGGUAAGUCAUGAUAAAAAAAAGCUUCAAGCUGAUGGUUUAUGUAUAGUUUUAGUAGCAUGAAGUGCAUGCAUAGGCAAAGUGUAUACCCUUACUAGGCAACAAAAACACCUUGAAUUUAUAGUGGUUGUGAUAAAUCUUAGCCUCAUGAUAAGUCUUAUUUCGGCGGUAGUAAAAACGAAGGUCUUUGCCUGUGAUUUAAAACAGAACCCCUUAUGACAGACCUACAUGUACAUACACUCAUUGCACUGCAGUACCCCUGGCUUUCCCACCCUGACUGCCAAAGUAGAGGCCAAUGUAUUUUUAGAACUUCGUGGAUGGCAGAUGAAUUACAGGAUUAUGUUGCUGUGAUGGCAUGCUUGUGGCUCUCUGCUCCGAAGAGGCCUUCUUUUGUUGAAGGGAGGAUGGGAGAAUGGAAAAAGAGAGCGCAAGCAGUACGAUAGGCGCGCUUUCUAUUUUUUGAUUGUUGCUUUUUUUGGGAUACCUAGCAGGAGCCUUUGCUGAGGAGAGAGUGCUUGUUGGACAUCUAUAAGGUCUUUGAUCGUUGGGUUUUGUUUCUUUUUGUUUAUUUAGACUCAGCCAGUACCAAAUCCUAUGAGUUACUUUAUGCACCAGUCUCCUGAGAUUUUCCAUAAAUUUGAGACUCUGACAAAUCACUUCAUAGAAUUACUGGUUCCAUUUUUCAUCUUUCUUACAAGACCGUUUAGAAUUACAUGUGGCAUUUUGCAGAUUUUAUUUCAGGUAGGGAUCCUUUAACAAUAUUGGCCUCUUCACAACGUUUUUAUUAAUUAUGUAACGCUGCGCGAACGUAUAUACCCCGGCCAGACCAACAACAAAGGUCUUUACACUAAACUGGUGAGAACAUGCUAGCUGUGAUUAAAACCCCGUUCUCAGUGUCUCCUUCAUCUUCAAACGCCAGCAUCAGUUAAUCUGCGAUGACGUAAAAGAGCCCGUGACAAUGAUUCUAUCUGACCUGUGUCGUCAUUGGUCUGGGUGGGCGAAAUGAGACAAAAAGACUGACUGAUUCGGCUCCAUAGUGCGCCUUGACUGGCCGUCGUCCAACCUUACAUCUAUGCUCCCUCUGCAAUGCGGCCACUGACUGUACGCGGGAGAAAACUGUAUGUUCUAAACUUUGACGCAUCAAGGUGCAAUAGAAUUCUACAGCACGCACCAUCCCGAUCUGCUCCUUUCCAGUACCACCAAAUAAGCUGCAACAACGAAGGCGGCGGCCGCGAAAACGUCACUUCAAAAAAGUGAAUUCACGUUGUUUCAAACUUUAUCGCUCUUACCCCACCUCGUUCCACUUGUUAAAUGUUGGUGCAUUUUUCUGGAGUUGAAUUGUAAAGUACUGUAUCUAAGUUUAUACAAAGAAGAAGGAAAUCGUAGUCUUGUGUGCACAUCCUCCAUAGAAAGUGAAAAUUAGGGGCUGUUUAUAUGAUUGCAGAGUGAGUUUCAUUCCAGAAUUAAAACCGGAAUGAACUCGUUCCAUAAUGACUUGUACGGGAACAAAAUUUCUUCUCGGUAUCAUGUGAACAGAUGCAAAGAAAUAUAUAGAGAUGGCAUGAACUCGCUCUGGAAUGAAACUAAUUCCGGUGUCAUGUAAACAGCUCACGGGCUCUUAGUUGCACGCCGCAUUCGUGUCUCGACGGCAAAGAAAUGUACGAAAAAGUGUUAUGUACAUGCAAAGUUUUUGGUUUUUCUGAUCUGCUUUUUGGACGAUCUUGUUGACGUCGCCGUCGCCGUGCUCGGUUGUUACUUAUUAAGCUCCCUAAUAUCAAGUGUGAAGUACUCAUUGUAACUGCAUUUCUCUGCAGGUCAUUUUAAUAAUCAGUGGUAACUUGAGUUUUUUAAACUGGCUGACCAUUGUACCAAGCCUGAUGAGCUUUGAUGACAAGAGUCUGGCUUUUCUGUUUUCUUCGUCCUCAGCAAAGAACGAUGUCAUUAAAAUACAGCAAUUUCAAAAGGCUGGUGCUGGACCAAGGCCCACAUGGGGUACUGAAUUUCAUUUUAUUCUACCAAAUUAAUAACAGAUAGCGACCAUUUUUGGUUUUUGCCUCCCAUAAGCACCCACUUUACACGUGUCUGAUCUACAACCUGUGCAAAUGGGAUAAUGCUACACCACCCCUGUAAGUAACCCCUAAUGGAAGUGGGUUUCUGGGAAACUGCCCACCUAGCCCUCCCCUAAGCCAACAUUAACACUUUUGUGUCACUUAAAGCAAAAUGUUGGUUUAGGGGAUGGGUAGGUGGGCAGUUUUCCUGAAACGUAUAAUGAUCCGAUGAAAGUUAAGCUCCUUAUUUUAAGUGAGCCAUGCACGUCAAACGGAAGUGAGCUUUUUUCCUCUUUUAAAAUGCUUUGACACCACCAACUUUGUAUGGCUAAGGUUCUUUACUUUUAUAGAGACGCUUUGCCCAAACGUUUGUUCAAAAUCACCGCUCGAGUGUGCAUAAAGCCCACUUCUGGUUGACGUGUUGAGACCGACAGUGCGCUCAUUUUACCCCCCUCUCUCCAUCAGUACUCUGUUAUACGGGUAUUUGAAGCUACUUAAAGCUACACGGAAAGGAAAGAAGUCGAAAGAAGGAUUUGAGCUCACACCUGGAAAUCGGUCUCAGGACCUUCCGCAUAGAGAGGGCCGCUCACUAACCGACUAUGCUUUAUCUUUGUUCCAUGUUCGCUCUUUCAUCACCACGUUUUAUUUCAGAUAUCUAAUUUCGCCUAUAUAUGUACCUUUUGGCAUGCAUGCUCCCAAAUAAUGUGUGCUCAUUGGCUGAACCUUUGAUAAGGAGGAAGGAAUAGUGCGCGGCCUUCCUGUGCGAGAGGUCCUUAGGUUGAUUCUCACGUGUGACCUCCAAUCCUUCUUUCGAUUUCUUUCCUUUCCCUGUAGCUUUAAGUACCUUUAAAUACCCGUAAAACGGAGCAGUAUUAGACAGAGAGGGUGUGGGAACAUGAGCGCACCGUUUUCCUUUGGCUAUGUUCACUAUACCGGGUAGCUUCUGCGCCCGCCAAAAAUCCUAUUGGAUAGAGCUUCUGUUCACACUCGGCGCGAUUUCUGUACGGAGCGAAGCUGUGCUGGGGCAGAUCCUGAAAAUGAAGCGUCACAUAUUGGAUCGACUCUGGACCACACUUUGAUGCAGUGUGAACAGUUAUUCCGUGGACCGUAGCAGAAUUGAAUAAGUGUGAGCGAGGACUGCAAUCCACUGAGAUGGAAGUAAAUAUUCGAGCCCUCUCGGCCAAUCGCUCCGGAACGACGUUCUAUGUGUGUGAACGACUUGUUCCAGUUCUGUGCCGAUGCUGUUCUUACUUUUCCCGAUAGCUUUUCGUGUCGACACGAAAAGCUGCCUGAUACAGUAAAAACAUAGCCUUAGCUGAUGACUAUUUUGAGCUACCCAUGUAAAAUAAACACUUUUUACUCUCCUUGUGGUGUGGAUUACCGACUCGAUACAAAUAAUGGCGCUGCAAACCUUAAAAGCUUCUUCUAAUAGCCAAAAGAGUGCACCUUUUGCAAUUUUGGGUGAUGGACUAUAAAAGAUCCGUAUACGAUAAAGUAAACUUCUAGCAUUUUAAAUGGUUAAACUUUUGUGUAUUUUCAGCAGAGAGUUGUGACUUUCACGAUCAUGUUGUAGAACGUGUGUUAUAUUUUUUUAGGUCUUUGUGUUCGUCGUGUGUUUGAGGUCAUGCUUGGUAUUAUGAUAGCGUAUUUAAGUAUUCCGGUGGUGCAGAACCUGCUCUCAUCUCGCCAGGCCAUGAACACUUCAUUUGACUCCUUCAGAAUAGUGAACACUUACGGAGCUUUUGGAAGGUAAAGGAACCAACAGAUGGCGCAGCUUACUCUGCAUGAUCUUCGACAAUUUUGAAUUCAAUGAAGAAUUAGAGACGAGAGACGAGAGACGAAUACGAGCCUACGAGGCCGAGGUUUAACUUAAAAUUUUUUCGCGUAUUCUAUAAAAAAUAGACACCCAUAAAGCUUCAUUUUACUAUUUUUUCACCAGAAAAGUUGACACGGCUAUUUUUAUUGAAGGAGGUUAUAGACCUCUACCGACCGCAAAAUGCUAAAACUUAACUCCCUUCCCCUCAAACUCGUGGUAGAAUGGCGACGGCUGUCACGUUUUCCUGCCAGAAUGACGCUGGUUCACGCGCAAAGUAUUGAGAAACGUGAUUGCAAACCUCCAGUUUCAGUGUCCACGCUAUGCUGCCAUAAUCUACCUGGCAUCAUAAUAGCUUCGAUACUAAGAGGGAAAUCACACGGAAAAGCAAGCAAUUUGUUGAUUUCGUUAUAUCUAAUUUCCUUCUUUCUCCAAUUCUCAAUUUUAACUGAAUCAACUGAAGGCUAACUCGAUAUAUACUUCUGAUUGUUUUCAAUAUUUAGCAUUCAGGCUCCAAAUAUUUACGAGUACAAUUUUCCUUACUUUAAUAUUUCUUGUUUGUUUGUUUGUUUCAGUUGUGUUUUGUCAAUCUACUUUAAGCGCAAAUAAAGUUUAAAAUGUUGAACUUCAUGCGAUUUAUCGCAGGAACAAGCCCCAAAAUCCGUGUGUUCAGGGAAAAAGGAUUAUGCACUGUUUGACCUUUUACGUUCCUUUUCCAGCGUAACAAAAGAGAGAACUGAAGUGAUAUUUCAAGGAACAAGAAACUUAACUAUUAUUCCCGAUCAUGAAGGAGGCAUUUGGGAAGAAUAUCAGUUUCAGUGUAAACCUGGUGACCCAAAAAGGCGGCCAUGUGUUAUUUCACCAUAUCACUACAGACUGGACUGGCUAAUGUGGUUUGCAGCUUUUCAGGUCAGUAUGCUGUUAAUGAGGCUAUUUGCACAUGUCUUAUGGUCAAGUCGCCCAAAAAUUGUCUCGCCUGAAGUUAUGUCGCCGAGAGUUUGAACUAAAAAUUUUGAGCGACAUAACUGGUUUUGUGCGACAUAUAUCUUCUGGCGAGAUGACUUUCGGUCGACUCGACUGGUUACCUCGGAGGAAGGGUGGCUUAGCUCGUGGUAAGAAUACUCGCCGCGUAUUAUUUUCUGACUCGUCAGUCUCAGACGUUUCUAGUCUCUGCAAUUUACGCACAGGAUAGCUCACCGCCCCUCCGUGCGCGUUAGGUAGACGAUUGAGGACGAGUCAGUACUAUCGCGACUAGGUUUGCAUCAGGGAGGAGAAGCUUAAUGUGGGUCGGGUUUUUAUUGGUUCUAGCCCCAGUUCUGAGACCUAAACCCACCCCCACCCCCUCCUCGGCCCCGUCCUUAAUCUUCCAAAUCAACUCCAUUGGAUGUAGAACGCACAAUAAGAAAACUAUUUGUCUUGCUACAGGUUUGACCGUUUGUUGGGUGUUUUUCUUGUACUGGUCCUCCCUAGAGUAGUAUAGUAAGUAGCAAAACCUUUUUUUGCGAGGAGGUCUACUUAUCUUGAGCUUAAACGCACGGGAACACCAUUCAUACCUGGUCAUCCGGGCCACGGGAAGGUCUAGCUGUUUGCUGGGCAAAGGCAGUACCUACGUUUGUAUAGGCUCUUUUAAGACACUGUAUAUUAGCCCGUCCCGGGGUUUCAACCUGUGACCUCCGCUCUGCAGUAAAGCGCUCUACCGAAUGAGCUAGUCCUUCCUUGGUUUAUAAGUAGUACGAAACAAACCGGUGCAAUGAACUGUCUGUUUUCAGAAUUAUCAAUACAAUCCCUGGCUGAUUCACUUUGCGACCAAGCUUCUUGUUAAUGAUGAGCAGGCAACAUCUCUGAUCGCUCAUAACCCGUUCAAAAAUGGUACACCUCCAACGUAAGUUUGUUUUCAGGUUGGGGUUUCUAUCUACUUGUACUACAUGUCGACUCGGACUAAACGCUAGUUUCCAUAUUAACUUUUGCAUAAUCUCUAUCUUUAUAUUCGUCGUGACGUGUCAUGAGCUUGAUAGAGUCGGAGUUGAAGGAAUCACACCGUUUCCUUUUCUUCCAAUUCCGUUCAUGACUUCUUUGAAUAGACCUCUUUAGCUUGUAUGUUUUGUUUUCCUAAUAGACGGCCCAGGGGAACUUGACUCUUUAUGUUUCCGUAAAUUAUGGGUACAUAAGUAUGGACGUGAAUAAGACGAAAUUUGAAAGAAACGGUUCCCUAGAUUAUUAUCACAUGACCUAUAUUGGGAAAACAAAACUUGAAACGACGAUCUUGAAGGCAAACAAAACAGUUUCCGGUCCCAGUAAUCAUCGGAACUAGAAUAAACCAGUCACUGUGCUUGUUAAUCGAAACGCUGUUUUCACUAGACCAUAACACUUUGCUCUUCAGAUUCCGACUCCGUCUUUGUGAAAGCCAGCCUGUUUUUUAAUGAUUAGCAUUAGAAUGGUUGACUUCAACUGGUAUUGCAUUUCUUGUGUUUUAGAUUUAUCCGGGGAGAACACUACCUGUACAAGUUCACCACGCUUGGCAGCCGAGAAGCUAGGGCUGGAUAUUGGUGGACGCGCACAAAGAUAGGCUCUUAUUUCCCACCAAUUAACUUGCAAGCUGUCAGGGAGUACGUCAGGUCUAAUGGGUGGAAAAUGCCUAAGCUAAAGAAAAACCGUAAAAGUUCACAUUAAAGUUGAACUAAGAAUAUUAUGCAAUUUAGAUCGCAACAGUGUUGGUAAAAUGGCUUGUAGCCAACAGAAAAAUGCCUAAUUAUAGGGUAUACACUUCGUAAUUAGAAUAUUAAAAGGAACAAAAAAACACUCUUUCAGGAAUUUGUUGAUUUUGCGUUCUACUUUGGAGUGUCUAGUUUAGUCUUUUACAGAGCUGCAUAAAGCUCCGACCAAGUCAUUAUUGUGUUCGGGCAAAGCAAAAUAUGGUCGGAUCAAGGGUGCAUUACGCGUCUUCAACGAAACUUGUGCUUGGUAGAUGAGGGGUUGGCAGGAAUACAUAGAUUUAGCCAGGAC